AUGCUCUCCAAAAGGCUCAUCAGCGCUAUUGGAAACACCGUCAAGGUGUCCCAGAAUGGCAUUGCCACGACUACCCGUGCUGCGGCUGCCUCUGGAGCCGAAGUCUCCAAGAUCCUCGAGGAGCGCAUCCUUGGCCAGGAGUCCAACAUCAACUUGGAAGAGACCGGCAAGGUGCUGUCCAUCGGAGACGGUAUCGCCCGCGUCUAUGGCUUGAAGAACAUCCAGGCCGAAGAAAUGGUUGAAUUCGACGCCGGAAUCAAGGGAAUGGCUCUCAACCUGGAGCCCGACAACGUCGGAGUUGUCGUCUUCGGUAACGACAAGGUUAUCCGUGAAGGAGACACCGUCAAGCGUACCGGAGCCAUCGUCGACGUCCCGGUCGGAGAAGGACUUCUCGGCCGCGUCGUUGACGCUCUCGGAAACCCCAUCGACGGCAAGGGCCCGAUCAAGGCUGCCAAGCGCUCCCGUGUCGAAGUCAAGGCCCCGGCAUCAUUCCCCCGUCUCUCUGUGCGCGAACCUAUGCUUACUGGUGUGAAAGCCGUCGAUUCGCUUGUGCCCAUUGGCCGUGGACAGCGUGAGCUGAUCAUUGGUGAUCGUCAGACCGGAAAGACCGCUAUUGCCAUCGACUGCAUCAUCAACCAGCAGCGAUUCAACAAUGCCACCGACGAGAAGAAGAAGCUUUACUGCAUCUACGUCGCCAUUGGCCAGAAGCGUUCCACCGUCGCCCAGAUCGUGAAGCGUCUCACUGAUGCCGGAGCCAUGCAGUACACCAUCAUCGUCUCUGCCACCGCCUCCGAUGCUGCCCCACUGCAGUUCUUGGCCCCGUACUCUGGAUGCGCCAUGGGAGAGUUCUUCCGUGACAACGGAAAGCACGCCCUCAUCAUCUACGACGAUCUGUCCAAGCAGGCCGUCGCCUACCGCCAGAUGUCUCUGCUUCUGCGUCGUCCCCCGGGUCGUGAGGCUUACCCCGGUGACGUCUUCUACCUUCACUCUCGCCUUCUCGAACGAGCCGCCAAGAUGAACAACACCCUCGGCGGAGGAUCUCUUACCGCUCUCCCCGUUAUCGAAACCCAAGCCGGAGAUGUGUCUGCCUACAUUCCCACCAACGUGAUUUCCAUCACUGACGGACAGAUCUUCCUCGAGACUGAGCUUUUCUACAAGGGAGUCCGACCCGCCAUCAACGUCGGUCUUUCCGUCUCCCGUGUCGGAUCUGCUGCCCAGACCAAGGCCAUGAAGCAGGUUGCCGGUUCCAUGAAGCUCGAGUUGGCCCAGUACCGUGAGGUCGCUGCCUUCGCCCAGUUCGGAUCUGAUCUUGAUGCCUCCACCCAACAACUGCUGAACCGUGGUGUCCGUCUUACCGAACUGCUCAAGCAGGGUCAAUACGUGCCGAUGGCCAUUGAGGAGCAGGUUUGCGUCAUCUACGCCGGAGUAAAGGGACACCUUGACAAGCUCGACCCCUCCAAGAUCACCAAAUUCGAGAAGGAAUUCUUGGCGCACAUCCGUGCCAGCCAGCAGGAGCUCCUCAAGACCAUCCGCGAGGAGGGACAGAUCACGCCUGCCUCUGACGCCAAGCUGAAGGACCUUGUGACAUCUUUCUUGGCCUCCUUCAAGGCC